UUCGUGCAAACGCCACGCUUUGUUGAUUGUUUGGUUGUCUUCGCGGAAAAAAAGUUUUUCAGAAAAAUUAUCUGCAACUUCAGUUCCCAAUUCUAUCUGGAUUGGGACAAUACCUGUAAUAUAAGAGCUUGUUGUGUAAGUUGUAGUCUUUAGAUCGAGUGUUUUACGCAACAUGGCGAAGUUGGACACGAAGAAUGAUCUGAACCGUGUCGGCUUGUUCAGUGAGUUGGGCUACAUUUCGAUUGGCGAUCCUUAUAAAAGACAGAGUACGAGUAAGUAUCAAACGCCAACAGUAGUUGAAUUAUUUGUAACAGUUCUAAUGUCAGUUUGCUNUGUUUCAAAAGGAAAAAAGGCUGCAGACUCCCCUGGGAAAAACUUUUUGACAAAUCCACCCAAGAAGGGGACAGGUUACGGCUACCUUCACAUCACAAUUGGUACCUCACCAAAGUACAUGUCAGAUGCUUAUGAGCGUGCAAGAGAAUUGAGAAAGAAAGAAAUGGAGGGAAGCCUCAAAGCAAGAAAAGGAGGAGCUUAUAAAUUGAAUUUACAUCCAAAGGCAUAUUUUGAUGGAAAUCCAUACAAGUCUGACCGACCUCUACCACCAUUGAAAGAAACAAGAAAACCACCUGAGGUGCUAAAGCCAUUUAAACCGAGCUCUCCACCAAAAGAGAUUGGUGGUAUGAAGGCGGGAUGUUUUGAUAAUUACCCUUCGCACUCUAACGACCCUUAUGUGGUCAAAAAGUCAAAGGGAGGCGAUGGAUCAGAGAAAAGGAUCUUUAGGCCGUCGCAGGGACCAAAAUCAACACCAACCAGAUCAAUCAUAAACCAGAACGUAGAAAGACGAAUUAAUAACUUGAACUUCAGACAACCUGUAACAGUGUCCAUAUGAUGUGAUACUCGCGCUUAUUUCAAAUUAAAAAAAGAAAAAAAACGUUCUUUCAUCACUGCCAGAAAGUGUCAAAAAAUGGUACAGCAAACUAGACAAAGUUAUUAUUAGGUUCAACCGCUUUUGCUAUUUGGGUAAUAAUUAAUUAUUUCAGUUGCAAUAUUUGAAACUUAAGGUAAUGCUGUACAAUGCAUGCAUGUAAGUCCCUUUAUUUUAUUUUUUGGUAGACAUUAAGAGAGCAUGCUGUAAAAAGUGUUUUAAGGUCAUUUUAAGUUAAUCUGUAUUUACAACACUGGGACAAAAAUGAAAGACAUAAAGUCAAACUAGUUACAUUUCAAAGCCAGUAAGUGAAUACGAUGUCAUGUGCAUUUUAAGGUCAUUUAAAGUAACCUGUAUUUACAACACUGUGAUAAAAUAAAAGACAGGUAUAAAGUUUUACUAGUGAGUUUUCAAAAUCACAUUGUAAGUGCAAUUAAAUAAAUAAAGAAACAACUUUAGGACA